GCUAUUUGACAAAUUGACAGUCAACAAAUAAAUCAAUCAUCUUGAAGUUCUUGAUAUUGAUAUCUAAUCGAAAGAUAUGGCUGACAACUUCGUGGAAACAUUUGAGUGUUUUAUAUUCGCGAAAAAGUGCCUCAUGCUUCGGUCGUCUAUUAUAAACUAAGUAGUUCAACAUUUUAGCAACAAUAUGUUUGCGGUCAGUUCUUGGGUUUUUUAAAGUGACACACUUUUUCCAAAGUGCCUUGUAAAAUGUAGCAAUUAUGUGAACUUUACUCUGGCCAUAAAAUCUUAUCGCAGCACCGAAAAUUCGUAGCAAACGUGCUCGAGCUAUAAACCAAAUCAAAACUGAAAAACUAAAAACAACUGAAAAAUAACGGAGUCAGGUAAUGGCUUCAUUAUAAAAUGCAAUGAAAUGGCAACAUUUAUGCCAUCAAAGAACAACAAAUAAAGAAGCAGAAAAGUGUGCUGAUAACUGAUAGCUGCAAACGAAAUGUCAAUAAAUUAAUAUAAAUGAGUGACUCGUGACUGGCGGCUUGUGGCGACUCCACCGAUUCAUUCCGGCCUUUCUCUUGUCGUUAUUGUUGAUCUAGCUGUUGCCAUUACUUUGGUCAAUGUAAUGUAGUGUAUUUUGUACAAUUGUUAUUUGUAUUUCCCAAGCAAAUCAUGUGGAAACAAGCAAACGGGCAGUUCUUUAGUUUCCUAUUUUUUGUUCGGCGUUAUCGACAAAUCGUAUAAGGAAAUACAACACAAUUAUUGGCUGAUAAAACGUUGCUAUAUGCAAGGGGUAUGUGAUUUUUAGAGGCACUGGUCCGCACUUUGUUAGUACUCCAAGUUUGGGGCUGUGAUAAUUGCAAAGCCCCCAAGCCAAGUAUCAUUGCCGUUGCCCUAGAGCUUUUGGCCAAACAAUGAAAUCCCCCCGCAUAAAUAGAAAACAAUUAGGCAUUUGGCGGCGAUAAGGCCAAGAUGAUAAAAGCCAGCAAGCAUACUGUGACUCAUCGCGAUUCUGUUGGCCGUGAAACAAAAAGCCGAGAAACCAAGAAAUUGGUAGCAAUUCGCUAUGAGCGGUAAUUAAAGCAGCCAGUUGACGAUGCGCAUAAUUUUUGAACUUUGAAACUUUUGUUCCACAAACAAAUUUAUCAGAUGCAAAGCAAAUGCUGCUUCCCAGUUCUCUGGCACACUUGAUAAACCGAUGUGGUCGUGGUCGUGGUCAACUCGCAUUCUCUGAGCUCCUUUGUUUUUGAUGGCUAACAGAAAAGCUGAUGGCUUACACAAUAUCUGCAGCCAUGGCUCGUUGUCUUUUCACUGCGCACUUCUAGUUUUUGGCAAUAGCAUCCUAGAUACUGGAUUUACUGCUUCCUUUAACUCACUGAAAAUAAAAUCGGAUUUUAUGAGCUAGCUGAUGAAAUCAUCGCAUUGAUUUGCUCAAGAAAACAAUACCUAUUGCCUAAUGCAUGUAUAUAAUCAAAUGUAAAAUCAAAUUAAGCUUCCCGACAUAUCAACGCACUUCGUUAAAGUUUCCUUAAUCAUUCCAAUGCGAUAAGAUAGUUUGUGCAAUACAUAGAUAUAGAACAUUGACUUAAUGCCCGAAUGCCCGAACUAAUCAAUUUAAAGCCAAUAAGUGUUAUACUGACGAAGUAAACCGAUUCGUAGACCAAUCACAAUCGAAGCAUACGAGUACAUAAUCCGUCACAAUUGCAACCGAACACAACAAAUUUAUAGCCGCAAUUAAAUCCUUGGCCAUAAAUCAGGGAAUAUGGCCGGGGUAAUCAAAGUGUUUAACCCACACGCAGCAAACGAAUCGAGAUAAAUUAGAGCGGGCAAACAAAUACGAAUCAAAGAUAUUAUAUAGACGGAUACAGAUAUAGAUACAGAUAUCUGGUAUCUGGUAUCCAGUGCAACAUGGCCUGCUUUCCCCGACUUUUCCAUCAUCGCAGCAAAAACAAAUUCACGCCCGCCGAAGAUGAGAACACCGAUACGAUACUCAACACACAAGAUAGUGCCGUGCAAAUUGGCAGGUACAUCCGUCGCGAGGAGAAGCCACUGUACUCGCCCAUCGUCACUCCAAGUGCCAGUGAGGAACUAAGCGCCCAGCAAACGGAUGACACCUUGUCCUGGCAGAGCAGCGAUGCCAACAACAACAGCAGCAGCAGCAGCAGCGCCGCCAAGCUGACAAAUGGCGUCCUGCCACAGGAGCAACGGGCACAGGAACAGGACAGGAAACAGGACUCCUCCAGAGGUAACCUGCAACCACCGCGCGCCAAGAGCUCCAGCAACCUGUCACUCAAUUAUCUGGCCAAGAGCCAGACGGACAGCCAGCGCCGCCGACGUGUGUCCACGAUGCCCGAUAUUAACAUACCGCCGGCACCGCCAUUGCCUCCGGAGCUCCUCGUCCCCGGAACGCCGCUCCAUCUGCGCAAGAAACGGAGCGUGGAGCGACCGCAGCCGGAGCAGCAGCAGCAGCAGCAGCAGGAGCAGGAGCAGGGGAACCAGCAGAGCCAGCAGGAUGCUUCGAAUAGUCAAGAUCAAAUAGCAGGAGCAGAGGAGGGCGGCGAGAGUCAGAAGUCCAGCGAUUCCUCGACACCGAAAACCCAUCGCGUGGAAGGUGGCCUCAUCUAUGUGCGUCCCAAUUUUCCCACACAGGGCGACAUUGAAAUCGAAUCUAUUGCAAAGGACGAAGGCACACGCAAUCUCAUACGAACGGCCAUUGAGCGCAAUGAUUUCCUCAAUAAUCUAAUGGACAAGGAGCGCAAGGAGAUGGUUAUCAAUGCCAUGGCCCCGGCCAGCUACAGGAAGCACAGCCUCAUCAUCCGCGAGCACGAGGAGGGCUCCGAGAUCUAUGUCUCCGCCGAGGGCCAGUACGACGUCAUCCGUGGUGGCCAACUGGUGGCCAGCUUUGGACCGGCCACCGUCUUCGGUGAACUGGCCAUUCUCUACAAUGCUCCGCGCCAGGCGUCCAUAGAGGCUGCCACCGAUGCACGGGUUUGGAAAAUCGCACGCGAAACCUUCAGGGCCAUCAUGCAAAUCUCUGGGUCCAGGGAACGCGAGGAGAACCUCCAGUUCCUGCGCUCCGCUCCCUUUCUGCAGGAGUUCGACCAGAGUUUGCUGCUCAAAGUCGUGGAUCUUCUGCAGCGGAAAUUCUACGAGACCGACAGCUGCAUUGUCCGCGAAGGAGAGCUGGGCAACGAGUUCUACAUCAUCCGGUGCGGCACGGUGACCAUCAAGAAGCGGGACGACCAGCAGCAGGAGCAGAUUGUGGCCAAUCGAAAGCGAGGCGACUACUUCGGGGAGCAGGCGCUGCUCAAUGCGGAUGUGCGGCAGGCCAGUGUCUAUGCGGAUGCCCCGGGCACCGAGGUGCUCAUGCUGGACAGAGAAGCCUUCAUUAGCUAUCUGGGAACCAUAAAGCAGCUGCGCGAGAAGCCCAGCAGUCAGCGCAGCGAUACGAGUGGUCGCUCCAGCAACAAGUCCCUGGAGUUCGACAACGAGUACUCCCAGGUGGCCAUCUCGGAGCUGAAGAAGAUAGCCACGCUGGGAUGCGGCGCCUUUGGGCGAGUGGAUCUGGUGGCCUACAACCAACAGGCGCUGGCCCUGAAGAUCAUCAAGAAGAUCGAGGUGGUCAAGCAGGAUCAAAUCGAGCACGUUUACAAUGAGAAGAACGUUAUGAUCAAGUGCCGUCAAUCGCCCUUCAUAGUACAACUGUAUCGCACGUACCGCAAUGACAAGUACGUCUACUUCCUAAUGGAGGCGUGCAUGGGCGGUGAUGUAUGGACGGUGAUGUCAAAGCGCCAGUACUUCGAUGAGAAGACGGCUAAAUUUAUAGCGGGCUGUGUCGUGGAGGCCUUCGACUACUUGCACUCCCACCACUUCAUCUACAGGGACUUGAAGCCCGAGAACCUGAUGCUGGGCACGGAUGGCUAUUGCAAACUGGUCGAUUUCGGGUUUGCCAAGUUUGUGCGGCACAAUGAGAAGACCAACACAUUUGCGGGCACACCGGAGUACGUGGCCCCGGAGAUAAUCCUGGAUCGUGGACACGAUCGAGCCGUCGACUAUUGGGCACUGGGCAUUCUCGUAUAUGAACUACUGGUGGGCAAAACCCCCUUCAGGGGCGUCAACCAGAUCAAGAUCUACCAGCAAAUCCUCAGUGGCAUCGAUGUCAUCCACAUGCCGUCGCGCAUACCCAAGUCCGCUCAGCACCUGGUGCGGCAUCUCUGCAAGCAACUGCCGGCGGAGAGGCUGGGUUAUCAGCGCAAGGGAAUCGCGGAUAUCAAACGGCAUAGUUGGUUCGAAAGUCUCGACUGGCAGAGGCUGAAACAGAAGCAAUUGCCGUCCCCCAUCAAGAGACCUUUGAAGAGUUGGACCGACUUGCAGUACUUUGGUCCUUCGGGUGUUGAGAACGACUACGAGCCACCGGAGGAACUGAGCGGUUGGGAUAAAGACUUCUAGAGCUUUGGAAGAAGUACACUUUGUAUUGUUUCGGAUAUUAGUUAGUAGGAUAAGAAGAACUGUACCCACGCAGCAGCCAUUACAACCUCGUUUUAAUUACUAAGUCUGUAACCAAUUGUUAGCUAUUCUGUACUUAGUUUGUUAGUUAAGAUACUUUUUAAGUAGACCUUAAACAUGAACAAUUAUAUCGCCCAUUUAUAUAAGAACAGUAUACUAUCAAA